AUGGCCUUGGACCUCUUUGAUAUUCCAAGGUUUAAUGAGGUGAGGGGAAACCAUAACCACAACCCCAAACUGGCCUCCCCUCCGCCCCCCUCCCCCGCCGCCGAUCUAACCCUGACCCCCCUCCUCCCCGACCAAAUCUACCUAAUCCGCAACUUCCUCUCAGGCACCCUCUGCAAAACCUACGCCUCAUUCCUCGCCUCGCUACCACUAACAACAACACCGGGAAUCCCAAAGAAAGACGAGGCAUUACGCGUCAACGACCGAUUCCAGAUCGACGAUGCACGGUUCGCGGAGAUGCUAUGGAGCACAACAGCGCUGAAGGAGCUUGUCACGACGCGCUUCGAAGAAGACGAGUAUGGGUACGACCACGCAGAAGAAGAUGAGAACGACGAGGCCAACAACAUUACCCUUCCCCCACCGAACUCGCGCUCAAAAGCAACACCCGCUCGCACAACUUGGACUCUGCUGGUCUAUCUGACGUCCUGCACAGGCGGCGAAACUAUCUUCUACCCGGAGCCGACGCGCGCGAACCGUGAUCCCGAGCCGAUAGCUGUUGCGCCGGAGGUUGGGAUGGCACUGUUGCACCGACAUGGAGAUCAAUGUAUGAUACAUGAGGGGGCCGAAGUUACUGGAGGGGAGAAGUGGGUAUUGAGGAGUGAUUUGGUUGUUCCGAGGUGA